UCGGCUGCCGAAGUUUGUCCGAGUACUCGGCCUCCGCAUCGGCCACCGUGGGGAGACAGAGACGGUAACAAAAACCAAGAAAGAGAUUCAAAACAUCUGACUUACACAACGCACUGGCUCGUCUAGUGCGCCUACAGCCAACAAUAGUUCGCAGAGCGGUAUUUCGAUUCGCGUGGACAUUGGUUUGUUUUAAAACUUGUAAACAAUAGUAAACACUGGAUUGUUUACCUUCAGAUUCAUUGAAAAGUACCGUCUUGUGAUCAGUGUUUAUGAAUUUUGUGAUUCUAUCGAGAUUUUUGGCGAAGAGUCCGGGGAUCGAGAGACGACUGGGACAGAUAAAACUACUUAACGGAAAGAAAGGAAUCUUUCCAGGGAUUAGCAGGAAUUACAAGAUGAAAUGAGAACAUAAAGGGACCGCAUAACCAUUCAAGAUAUGAAAAUAUUCUCUUUAUGCAGCUUUCAUCGGACAGUUUCUUGAAUACGGAUUCGUCUUUGGGAUCGUUUUAAUUAUUGGCAUGCAUCAACAUGGAGAGUGUUCAUACCGUCGCCAUUGUUGCCAUUACAUUGGUGGUAUUUGUGGAGAUGGUGUCUUCAGACACUUCGUAUAUUGUAUCUGAAUCGGAACCGAUCUCUCUUCCGAAAGGCUUCGAGACUUUGUUGACGUGCGAAACGGAGAUAGAUCCUGAUAAAUUCGAAUGGAAAUUUUAUCCCACGGAUGAUCCGUACAAUCCCAACGCCUACGUCGAUCUCACCAAUGGUUCUUUCCACAUGGUUACCCCGAGUCGGUUCAAAACGGUGGGAAAGAACAAGUCUGCGUUGUCGUUGCAGGUGAACACCGCCAACGCUGGAGACUACCAAUGCCUGGCUUACUACGGCGCCUUCGUCGUGGCCUCGGUCCCUUGGCGGGUGACGGUCGCGACGCUAGGAAACUUCCCGAAGCAGCCGAGCGCGGACGCCGUCGUCUCCGUCGGCAACACCGUGCUCUGGAGGUGCUUCCCGCCGGACUCGAACCCGGAGGUCUUCGUCGAGUACUACAGGCGAGGGGAGAUCGUCUCGACGGCGUACCCGCAGGCGAAGUCGUUGAUCCUCGCUGACGUGACGGAAGACUCUUCCGGGGUAUAUACGUGUCGGGCGACGAACACGAUGGAGUACGUCAAUUCGAGCACGCAGUUCAGCCUGCAGGUGGUGGACAGUGCGCCCGUUCGGGCGCCAUAUUUCGUUGUCGAGCCCAGGAGGACAUACACCUUUUUGAAAGGCGAAACAGCAUUGCUAGAAUGCGCAGCGGUAGGAAGUCCCGUCCCCAAAGUGGUAUGGUUCAAGAAAAACGGCCAACUACCUAAGAACCGCAUCGAAAUGCUGAGCGGCGGCCUCAGAAUAAAGGACAUCACUGCCUCCGACGACGGCGAAUACGUCUGCAACUACACCAACCCGUACGGCACCGUCUCCCAUCACAUAACCCUCGUGUACCACGAAGAACCGACCAUCGACUGUCUCACCAACGUAACGGACCCGAAGCAAGGCGAUUUCCUGGACCUGCACUGCGUGGUGAAGGGCGUGCCGGAACCGCGCUUUUCGUGGUUUCUUAACGGCUUCUCUGUUGCCAAUGACAGCCUGGUGGAGACGGUGGAGAGCAGAAUAAACUUCAGCAGGAUUGAGAAGCGCCACGCAGGAAACUUGCAGCUUUUCGCCAGGAAUUCUGUUAAGACUGUGUACAGCAGUAUAUAUUUGAGGGUCAUUCCUUUAGUGUCAACUGACAGUGAGAAUAUGUCCGUUCGUCCUCACCACAGACACAGGGGUAAAGGAAACUCUCAUCGGAAGCCUGUGAAGCACAGCAAGCCUCUGCAGAUGAUACCGCCCAGUAAGCCUGUUGUCUCUAGGCUGAGAGAUGAUUCGGUCAAUGUACGGUGGAGCGUUCCUUCAGACACAGGCUUGCCAAUAUCGUUUUUCAAAGUGCAGUACAAGGAACUGGGACCCGCAAACUCUGACAAUUCGAACAAAAGGAUAAGAUCCAGCUGGAAGACUACCAAUGCAGACAUCCCCCCGAAUUUGACAUCUUUUGAUGUGGAAAAUCUCAAGCCGGAUCAUAUCUACAGGUUCAGAAUAGCAGCGGCAUACAGUAAUAAUGAUAAUAAGCUCAGUGCCAAUUCAGACAAAUUUCAUCUUAAACGCUUGGAUUUCGACAUGAAGAACCCUCUGCCGAUUCCCUUGAUAACGCAUACAGAAACGGUGAAUACGACGAGUGUGAAAAUACAUUGGAAGUAUGAAAAAUCUGAGAAUGUAAGUGUGGAAGGAUUUUAUAUAAGCUUCCAGUCCGCAUCUACUGCUGGUGACUACAUGAAGGCUACCGUGGAUGGAGAAAACACCACAGAAUAUAUUUUGAGCCAUCUUCAACCAGGAACAAUAUAUGAUAUCAAACUGCAGAGUUUCAACUCGAAAUUUGCAGGCGAAUUUAGUCCCAUCAUGAAAGCUAGGACUGAAGCCAAUCAGUCGCAGUUUACAACCACUCUACUACCUAUAGUAUCAACUCCUGGCGGUGACAAACAGGAAUUCAAUGUGUACGUUAUUGUUGCUGUAGUAGUAAUAGGCUGCGCCCUUCUAAUUUGCGGUAUCACCCUGGUUGUUGUUUGCCGGAAGUGGCAACAGAGAAAAUCAGUUGAUAAUCAGGAUAAACCCGGAACAGACGACCACCAUAUUCAAGUUGAUGGAAAUGAGUAUGUCGUAAGUCCGAAGUCCAUGCCGAAAUCUAAUGGUCUUCCCCCCAAUAGAAUAACGAUUACGGCGAAUCCGCUUGCUGAUGCGGACAACAAGAAUCAGAACAUGAUUGAGAUGUCUUGUCUAACUGCGCAGAAUAACAACUGCGCCUCCUCGCAGCAAGAGUCUUCGUCGAGCGCCCAAGAAUCUCCCGACAACUCGAAAAAUAAAAGUAGCAGGAAUAAAGAUAAGAACAAGCACAAAAAACCACCGUCCUCCGAAAAUUUAUCGUCAGGAGAGAACUACGUAUAGUCAAUCCUGAUACAAAAAAUAUGUGAUUUAUUAGAACUGAAACAAUUUUUUAAAUUAUUACCCCAGUGAUAUUUUCGAGUUCCGGCAGUUGCCUUACGUGUGAUGAAUGAUAAACUGUGACGUUUCUAUUGUGGUCAAACUUUUGUACAUUUGAAUUGUACAUAGUAAAAUUUGUAUAUAUCGAAUUUCGAAUAUGAAGCGGUUAUUGACUCCUUAAGAAAUUUGAAUCUCAGGCUGAUGAAGUGUUUCAAUAGAAUAUUCUGGUAAGUUAUCACAAAAUAAAAGAGAGUUUGAUAACACAGACGAACAAAAUUGUGGAAGAGCCAAUAACUAGAUACCAUAUGAUACGACCUCAGAACUUGUGUACCUUAUAUGAUUUUAUUCAUUAGAUACAACCUGUAUAUGGGCUGCCAUUGUCUGCCACUCAUUAUAUUGGUUGGCCAUGUUUUUUUCUAUAUUGAAUACACCUUAUCAGGUAUAUAGUUUUCUAUUAGUCAAUCAGUUAAUUACUGAUUGACCGAUAGAAUUACAUGUCUGACAUCCAUUCUUUUAUUUUAUCCCUCCUUACUUAUAUGCGUUUGUCUAUCAGUAACACCCUGUAUUGUUUCUAUUAGUCGCCCAAGGUUUUUCCUAUAUAACACUCCCCAUAUGGUUAUGUCUAUUUGUAAAACCCUAAUUGUACCAUCCUAUCCACUCUUCGCAAGCUUAAUAUCACUGUUUUACCACGAAACCAGUUACAGUGAACAUGGCGAUAGAGCAACCUAUCCAAACCUGUCAAAAGUUUUUCAUUGAAAAUGAACUUUCUCUUCUUGCCAGGAAGUUUGACAAUUUAUUGAGAGGAAACUUGAAAUUUUUUGAUAGAUUGGCAUGUUAACCGUUGGUACAUGAGUAAAAAGUAUAUUUUUAGGACAGGAGGGAUUACAAAUAAAAAAAGGCAACUAUAUAGUUAUUUCAAAAUAUUCAGUUUAUAAACGAAUCAUUACAGGAUACUUGUAUAACUUAGUAUAAUUGCAAAAAAGUUACUUUUGGUGCUUUUACAUUAGCAAAAUCUGACAAUUUCACUGACUUGAAUUUCAUGUUUGAUACUGAUCAAUUUGAAUAUCAUUGGAAUUUCUUUCUCUUGAAGAUGAUCACUUGGUGAUCAAAACACGUGUCGAGGUGUUAAAAUAACUGAUCAAUUUGUUAAUGGACAUUGCGAAAGUGUGUAGGCUCUAUGUCUAUACGCUGUGAGAAAGUGGAUGUAGGUGACAGGCACCCGUGCAUGAUGGUUUGCAAUUUUCUUAUAACUACCCACUGUAUUUGUACGAGCAGGUGCCCGCUUCAUGUGGAGCGUUACAAUGAGGCUCCAUUUGUCGUGAGCGGCUCUUGACCUGGAGCACGGGUACACUGCACUAUGGGUAAAGCCGCCCCUGGUUGCGUGGGUUAGAAUAGGAGAUCAAGGAAGUCAUAAUAAUCUUGUCAGUUGUUGGUAUGAGGAAUAUAUAGAUUCCAAACAGAUUUCGGGUCUAAUGCAGGGUGACUGAAGCUAUACUAGUGGAUGCAAUGUAGGAAAUUAGGUUUCCUGAACCGAAAAAUAUUGCAGGACGUUUGUCACUCCAUUUGCAGCUCAGCUUGUUUGAUAAUUCUAUUUAUAUCUUCUCUGGGUGCGUACUUGAAACAUUCAAAAACUAUUGAUAGUAAAUUUUUAUGCUUUUUUCAUUAAAUUUCAUAAUACACAAGACACUUCUUCGAAUAGGAACUAAUUAAUUUCAGAAGAAAAAGUAAGAGAUAAAUUAAUUUAUUCUUAGCCUCCCUCUUUCAAGUUUACUAAAUAUUACAGUUGACUCAAAGUUUUGGGUAAUGUCAGUGCUAGUAAUUAAUUUUUUUCUGCUAAGAAACCUAUUUAAUUACAAAGCAAUUAAUCAUUAGAGCACUGUUUUCCCAUUCCUACAUAUAGCACAUAAUUUAUGAGGUCUAUCAUUUUUUUGCUACAAUUCUAAUACUGGAAUAACUAUUUCCAUCGAUUUAUAUGCACUUUGAUUCUUAUUCCAGUAGAUACUUUUCAUUUUGAUCUUCAUUUUAAUAUAACACUUUCAUCAGCCUAUUAGAGUUUUUCUGUUAAAGAAUGAAGUUUACAAAGCUUUGACUAUUUUAUUUAUCAUCCAACCUGAACCCAAAUUUAGCUGGUCUAUUGAUAAAAAUGUAGGUUUUUCCAACUUAUUUACCUACUACAAAAUCAUUUUGUGGGAAAAAAAAAGAACUCUACAUAAUAUUCUCGAAAGCUUUGUAUACUUUCUCUCUAAGUAACAGAUUCGGUAGUAGGGUAAUUGCACAAAUCAUCAGUUGGGAUAAACUUUUUAUACAAACAUUUCUUUAGGGUUUACUCUCUUUCUACACGAAAUUAUUCAAUGAGGGUAUCAAUCAAACUCCAAAAAUUACUGAUUUGUGCAAAGCUUAUAUAAUUCUGAACUUUUGAUGCAACUAAUUCGUGUAUGUAAGAAUAUUUUUUUAAACGUGAAGACUAAAUGAUUUGCCACUAGUUUUAGUUUAUUUAUUUAAUUUGCAGUAUUAACUUAUUUGGUAACUAGGACAGCUCUUUAUUCGUGAUAGAUUUUAGUUGUUUUAUUUUUGUAAUUGUUUUUAUCGCUGUUAGUAUAUGUAUAUAAGAGAAAUCUGUGAAUGUACUUAUGAACGACAAGGCCGAGAAUCUUUUUUUAUAUAUAACAUUUUUGCUAAGCA